CGUCCGUGGCACGAACGUUCGUGACUCGUGCUCUUCGGCACCGUCAGCCGAACUGAAGUAGGAUUUGUGCCAUUGUGUUGACGUCCUACCUCUCCAUUAUUUCGCCGGUGUCAUCGCGAGAAGCAAUGUUUCUCAAAAAAUAAACAACAUCGUCCUAGCGUCAAUAUUGUUACUUUGCGACUCUAGACUUUAGAGGCGUCGUCUUCUUUCCGUUCCCACUUGCAGGUGACUGUCCAUUGACCCUGAGCUCUGAAUAAUAAAAAUGUCUGCGCCGCUCCAUUAUCGCAUUAAAGUCCUGCAGUCCACCUUCCGAUGCAUCAACCUUCCGUGACAACUUUCGAAAAAGUUACACCCCUAAAGGAUUAGAUUCUGUCAGAAGAAAAAGUGCAUCUUGGCAAGAAUGACAAGUGGAAGAAAUAAGUGUCAAGAUUGUGGUCAAGAAUGACAUUUAAGUGCACACGUGUUUUUCAAGUGUCAAAAAAGAAGUGAGUGAAUCUUGAAUUGAGAUCGGCAGCUGAAAGGGAUGGAUCCGGAAGCUUUGUUCCUGCUCCUCCACCGUUGUCACAAUUAAAAUCUCGCCGGAUUGCACUAUUAUUCGGGAAUUGUUGAGAAUCCCCGGUCGAUAUGUUCACGGUUCGCCUCGGUUGUUCCAUUUUGCUCCAGUAGGGUUGGGGUCGGCAGAGUUCGGGAUACGAUCGAAGCACGAGAUACGAGAUUUUGGAAGGAUGCGAGGGCGCUGCACCCCCUGGAUUCUCCUGAAGUAAAAAAAAACCUCUCCGUCUAGUUCAGUGCUCCGAAAAAAAGUGUCGUGAUUUGGGCCAUGAUGUGUCGUCCCCCUGGCCUGGAUAUCGGUGAAGAGUUAUUCAAAUUGGAGAGAGUGCCUCUGUGGGAAAAAGGAACGCGGCAGCUGGGCUGAAGGUGGAUCAGGUCAGGUUAGGACUCGCCUAAAGAGGGUUCGGUUCCUCUUCAGUGAGACUUGAAGGAGGCGGUUUGGAGCGUGCGAGGCUUCUGCCUUCUGGCUCGCACAGCUGCUCCUGAUAGGGUCCACCCGCAGUUCAGGCUCGCAAUCGCAGCGCAAGCAGCCAGGGAUCUGAGAAAGAUGCCGUGGUCCAAGCGGACCGCAAGCAGCGGCUCUCGCUCGACUGUCAGGGCAGUGGCUCUCAACCUCGCCCUUCUUCUGGUCGGUGUGCACGGCCAGACCGAGGACACCACCGAGCAGAUGAUCAGCACCACUCUCCCUCCCAACGGAAACGACAACGAUACCAACCGAGUUCCGAGUAAACCAUUGGACCUUGCUCCACGUGGAAUUACAUCCUCCACCAUAGAAUUGUUAUGGUCCAAGCCCGAAUACGCGAAUGGGGCUAUCAAAGGUUAUCGAAUUUAUUACAUGCAUUCCAAUUACACAGAUGUCAAUACCUACAAACUCUCUGAAGAAGACCCCCAGCAUCUCCAAUUCACUCUCGAGAAACUUCAACCUUAUACCGAAUACAACAUAUGGGUAAAAGCCUUCACUUGGAAAAAUGAGGGUGAACCAUCUGAUCAUAUAAUGCAGAGAACCGAUAUUGCUGGACCCAUCUCUCCAAUAAUUUUGAAUCUCACUUGCCAAGCUGAAGAUGCAAUUUAUGUCCAGUGGGCUCGACCCGUGACUUAUUGGAAUUCUAUUGAUUAUUAUUACAUAAACUAUAAAACGGAAAAUGCAAAAACCUAUGAGGAAAUCGAACUUUCAACUGAUACAAGCCAUGUCGAGAGUGGAGCGACAAUUCCGAAUCUCACGAUGAAUGCAAUGUACGAAGUGACUGUGCAAGGAGCCACAAGAAGCGUGAUGAAUCCUUUGGAGAUAAUUCGAGGGAACAGUACGCUACCGAGGAAAGUUCUUCUUGCCCGAGACUGUGACAAAAGUCCACCUCUUAUGAGAAGAGGCAACAAAGAACUGAGUGCCGGUGUUAUUGCUGGGAUGGUCUGCGCCUGUUUUGCCGUCAUGCUGGCGAUUACUUCCUUUGUCCUCUGGAGGCCAUGUGGUAGGCCCGUUUUCAGAAAGUGCUUUCACACUGCCUAUUACUAUCUGGACUACCCGCCCAGGAAUGUCCCGACUCUCCAGGAAUGGGAAAACAGUGAGCAGGAUGGGGAAAGAACAGCAGUGGCUGUUCAGCACUUUGCUCAACAUGUUGCAUCCUUACAUGCCGAUGGAGACAUUGGUUUUAGCAAGGAAUAUGACGUCAUCCAAUCGGAUACUGGGGACUACACUGUCGAAAAUUCACAAUUCGCUGAAAACAAGGCGAAGAACAGAUACCUGAAUAUUCUUGCCUAUGAUCAUAGUCGAGUGCAAUUGCUGUCGUGUGGAGGUGGGCCUCCAAAAAAGGGUCAGGAUUACGUGAAUGCGAAUUAUAUUGACGGUUGGCAACGGGCACGAGCGUACAUCGGCACUCAAGGUCCUCUGCCUCCGACGUUCGACGGCUUUUGGCGCAUGGUGUGGGAACAACGAGUGUCUAUCAUCGUGAUGAUCACUAAUUUAGUCGAGCGCGGUCGUAGAAAAUGCGACAUGUACUGGCCUAAGGAGGGAACAGAGACUUACGGAUAUAUUCAAGUCAGCUUGACGAAGGAAGACGUGAUGGCCACUUACACCAUUCGUACUUUGCAAAUUCGUCAUCUAAAGCAGAUUAAGAAAAAGAAAAACGGGACCAGCAUGGCCGAACGCACAGUUCUUCAAUAUCAUUAUACCGGAUGGCCUGAUCACGGAGUUCCUGAUCAUCCCCUCCCCGUGCUUAAUUUCAUUCGUAAAUCAUCAAAUGCUAAUCCGCCCGAUGCAGGGCCCAUUAUUGUCCACUGCAGCGCUGGUGUUGGUCGAACUGGCACUUACAUUGUGAUCGACGCGAUGCUCAAGCAAGCGAAAAGUAAAGGAGAAAUUAACAUCUACGGAUUUUUGAAACACAUCCGUUCUCAGAGAAAUUUCCUCGUCCAGACUGAGGAGCAAUAUAUUUUCAUUCACGACGCUCUGCAAGAAGCCAUCGAGAGCGGAGAAACUAAUAUAGAAGUUAAUUGUUUAAUGAAGCAUGUGCAAGAUAUGCUCUGUCCCUCCAACAACAAAACCAAUCCAUGGAAUAAUUUGGAAGCACAGUUUAAGCUUGUGACUUCUUGGAAACCAAAAGACUUUAACUUGGUAUCUGCUAUGAAGUCCUGUAAUCUUCAUAAGAAUAGGAAUAUGGAAAUUGUACCUAUUGAAAAUGCUCGCGUGCAUCUUACGCCUAAACCAGGUGUCGAUGGAAGUGAUUACAUAAACGGAACGUGGUUUGCUGGUUUCCAUCGAAAUCGGGAAUUUAUCAUCACCCAACAUCCCUUAGAACACACGAUAAUGGAAUUUUGGCAAAUGAUGUGGGACCACAAUGCGCAGACUAUAGUUAUGUUGACGCAGUGCGACGAGGAAUACCCCGAAUUCUGGCCUAUCGAGGGAAAAGAUCUCGAAUCUGAGACCUUUAGAGUGAGAUUAUGUGGCAUUAAGGAAACAGUGAGUGGAGUAGUUUUGCGAGAAGUUGCUGUACGCUCCUUGCAAGACGAUUACGAGCUUAGUGCGAAAAUCGUUCAAGGACCUUUGAAUCAAGGAGGUCCUUGGCCUCAUCACAACAAUCCGAAAGCGUUCGUCAACGUCAUUCAAGAUUUUCACAGAGACUAUCAAAAUGGACCCAUCGUCGUCAUGGAUAGGUACGGUGGCAUCGAAGCUGGGCUCUUUGUUUUACUUACGACGCUCACUAAACAAAUGGAGUUUGAGGAGAGCGCCGAUGUUUACAUGUUUUCAAAGCUUUUGUAUAUGAAGAGGCCUGGUAUUUUCAGGUCUAAGGAGGAUUACUUUCUGUUGUAUCAGUGCCUUGAGUCGAUGCUAUCGUCAAAGUCGAGAGUGGAGCCCGAUCUCUACACGAUGUCAAAUGGUCACGUGGCCGCAAUGAACGACGCGAGUGAAAUUAAUACGGUAAUAGCGCCACCUCAGCACAUACCCCUGGACUAUCCAGUAAAGUUGCCCGUUAUUCGUGAGUACGUCCCUGUCGACCAAAACGGAGAAUACAUCCCGGACUAUUCGAUUCCAAUGCACGUGAAUCACGCAAACGAGCGAGGUUGUCCGGCCAAUGACACGUGUCUGAUGCGAGGCGACCACAUGAUUUCAGAAAGUGCUUCGAUGCAACUUUGCAAUGCCAACUUCACGAGUCAUCCGGGUGCACCAAUCACGAUCGACGUUAACGGGUGUGUCACCAAUGGCAACAUGAGAGUACCACCUGAAGGCAUGGAAGCCACCUGCAUGAUGGCGCCACAAUGAUGGAACCCAGAUUCAUUACUUGCUAUCCAAAUCAGCGCGGAACACUCGGGGCGGAGAGUUUGUCUCUAAGGCGGGGGCUCUCCAGAAAUUUAGUGACAUGAGAAAUUGGCAGGAGAAACUGACAUGAGAAAGUGACAUGAGACAGAGAUAUUAGGGAAAAAGUUCAUGAACAAGUGACAUGGGAAACUGGCAUGAGAAAAGGAUAUUAGAAAAAAAUAAAAUAAAGUGGCAUGAGAAACUGACAUUAGAAAAAAAUGACAUGGGAAAGUGACAAGAGAAAAAAAUUGCAUGCGAAAGUGGUAUUAGAACCUGACAUGAGAAACUGACACGAGAAAAAAAAUAACACGAUUAAGUGUUAUAAGAAGAAAAUGACACGAGAAAGUGACUUUAGAAAAAACAUGACAUGAGAAACUGACGUAAGAAAGUGAAAUAAGAAAAAAAAAAUGA